AUGUUCGUGAAGCUGUCGGUCUCGCCCGACGCCAUCGAAACUACCCGCAACGUCUUGAGUGCCAAACACUCGGAAUUCCCGUUUGACCGAAAAUACUUGAUUUUGAUUGAAAAGUUGUUGUACGCCAAGCUGCCUAAACUCGCCGAGUUCUGUGACGCGUGUAUGGACACUGCCACUUUAGACACCUUGGGCUUGGCUCCCAUCGAAGUUCACCUGAAGGCCAUCCGCAGCGCCAACUCGACCGGCGAAGCCAUCUUUCGCGGCGCAACCAUCUCCAAGGCCACCGGCGUACCGGUGUUCGUGAAACUGUCGGUCUCGCCCGACGCCAUCAACUACCCGCAACAGCCGUACCGCAACUACAUUGCCUCGAUCUUCACGCUGGUCGGUCACGCGAAGGCGGAGGCGGCCACCGACGUCGUGAUUUUCUUUUUACGCACCAGUGCCGGGGAAGUUCUGUCCCAUCGCAGGCUCCAAUCGGUCGUGACGUCCAACAACAUCCAGUUGUCGCUCAGCGCCGCCAACGCGUUGUACCCACGGACGGUAGGUCUUCAAUUGCAAGGGUUUGGGUUCGACGUCCGCGAAGGGUCCAACACGACCACGGUCGUUGUGAAGUUGCACCGUUAUUUGGAGGUUUUAGACUGGUUGCUAAGCGACAUGUCCGUCGACGACCUCAAGACCAUUAUCGAGUACAAAGUUCUCGACUUCAACGCGCCGUUCCUGUCAACACAGUUUGUGAAAGCACACUCGGACUUCUAUGACAAGGUGAUUAAAGGCCUCAAAGAACCCCCGUCGCGGGCCAUGAUCUGCCGCACUCAGGUGGAGACGUCCAUUGGCGAACUACUAGGCUCGUACUAUCUCAAGGAAGUGUGGACGCGCAAGACUGCCGCGGAGGCUAACUUGCUCGUGUUGAAGCUGAAAGCGGCCUUCAUGACCAGGCUGGACAGUGCGGAAUGGCUCGAUGACGCAACUUGGGCCAACGCAAAGGACAAGUUGUCCCAUCUCAUCCACCUCUUGGGGGGGCCUAAGAAUCCCAAAACGUACCCCACCUUGACGUUUGACCCCAAGGCAUACAUUGCCAACCUGAACAAGGUGUCUGCGUUCGACACUACUUUCAACCUAGCUCUUAUCGACACUGCCGUGGACAAGCAUCUUUGGAACAAACUUGCGCAAUCCCCGAAUGCGCACUACGAGGAUAAAAUAUUGCCACAUAAGAAUUGCUAA